AAGUGGCGCCAAAGUAGCAACCAACCGUUGAACGGCAACAAGCGUGUGAACUGUGAAAACGAAAACGUAACUGUAAAGCAAAAAAAACGUUAACUGUGGAAACGGAAGUGUUCGUUCGAAAACGGCAACAAAUAAUCGAAAACGAAUUGAAGUUUGAACGGCUGCAAAGCUGAAUUCUAUUCACAAAACAAGGUGAUUUAUGAAAAGGACACACUUUUCAACUUACCGACAUCGGCAAGGCUAACCACAGCAACAGCAACAACAUAGGCACAAUAACAAUUUGAACAUCAACACUAAUCCCUGACUGAAACCGAGGACGCAACGCUGGAAGGCAAGGCAAGCCAAGCAUUAAAUAUAUAAAAAUAAAUAAAAGUCACACAGCGAUCUCAACCUAAAGCCACACAAAUGCAGCGCAACGCGUUCCUCAUGUAUGCCUUGCCCGCAGCCGUUUUGCUGCUCGGAAACUGUUGGUAUGCAUACGCAUAUGUCGCCUUGCCAGCAGCGGCCGCCGUAACAGCCGGAGCCGGAGUCGGAGCCUCGGACGCCGGCGCAACAGAUACGAAGAUGUAUGCCAAGCAUAUGGCGGAAUUAAUGACCGGCACAUAUCCUGAUAGGGCGGCUGCUUCAUCGGCGGGUUAUUUGAACGAUGUAGCCGGAAGUAUUGCUGUGCAACCACCGCACCAACUGCUGAAUGAGCCUAACGGACGUGCUGCGGUCUACGAUCCGGGUGAUGAGCUACUCCGCGCUUUGAACGCCGAAACUGCCAUCAAUGGCCAGGAGCUCGGCACGCUACCCGAAGAACCCGAUUACGCUGACACUGUGUUUAACGAACUGGAAGUGGCAAACAAAUAUGAGAUGUUACACAAAUUGGAAAAAGAUUUGCGCGCCGAACAGGAAAUUGUUACUAAAUCAGCUUUGUUAAUGAAAAUGCUCGAGGAUCCGAAUAUACAAACGCUGCCGGUCAUUUAUGUCGAGGAGGAGGACGACGACGAACCAUCUGACGAAGAUGCCGAAAUAAGCAGCAAUAAUGUGGCAUAUCGCUUGAGCAGCUUGGGCGCUGGUGUGGCAAAGCGCUCGCGCUACUAUCGCCGCUAUCCAUGGAAGCGCCACAAUAGGAAUCGCAGCACUUACGAGCCAGAGCUGCGUUAUGCCUGCACGCCCACCAAAGAGGAUGUAUUCAAGCUGCUCAUGAACCUGCAUGAAAAUCGCAAAGGCAAUCACAGCAAAACUGUAAACUUCUGCAAUCGCAAGCGGCCAGCCAAAGCCAUUUUCACCAACAUACGCUUUCUGGGUUAAGCUGACCAGCGACACUGUUAAGAAAACAUAUUUAAAGAGGCAACGGAAUACGACACAGAAAUAUUUUAAAACGAUGUUGACAUGAAACGGAAAUCAAAAUGUGGCGGAAGAAAUUAGGAAUAUUGUGUGUUUGCACGGCACUUGGCUGGAAGCAAUUGUUUACAGAAAUUAGCAUAGCUUUUUAACAUAAUUCGCAAUCAAAAUUCUAUAUGUACUUAUAAAUUAAAGUAAAGUAAACUCAGUAAAUUAAAAAAAAAACUAAAAAAUUGUAAAAUAUGCAUAAAAAUUAAUUUGGAGAAAUAAAAGAAUUGUAGGCCCUUAAGCAGCUAUAGCGUGUAGAGUUCUAGCGUAACUUUUUUCGGAAUUAAAAAUUUACAAAAAGUAUAUAUUAUAUUAUAUAAACAGUAUUUUACAUAGUUAUACUACAAGUGGCAGCUAAGCACAGCAUUGUUAGCAAAAAAUAUUUUAUUCACACAAUUAAAUUAUAGUUGCACUACUAUUGCAACAAAAGUAUGUAUAUAAUAAAUAACUUUUGAAAAAAAAAACGAAUAUAUAAAUAUAUUAGUAGUUUGCAAAGCACACAGUAUAAACCCAGUAAAGCACAAGGUACUUGAAGCGCGUAGCAGCUGCAUGCUUUUUGUUUUUCCUUUCGGUAUGUGAGAUGUCAGGACUUUACAACGUCUGGCGUGCGAUUUUGACAGUUCAGAAAAUAAAAAAAUUUUAAAAACAAACAAAAUUGCAACACUGCUGCUACUAACUCUCUGAAAAUAUAAUAAUUUAGCAUAAUUAUUUGAAAUAAAAAAUAUUAAAAAAAAAUAUAAAAAAUAUUUUUAAUAUUCAAAAAUAAGGCUCUAUAAUAUUGGUCUAGGUCUUAGUUGUCCGCAAAGCAAACUGAAUUUAAUUUUAGCCAACUUGUCAGUGAAUAUAAAAUGGCCGCCGCAAAGAAAUUCUUAACCCACAUACAAGUAUGCAACCUUUACCCUCAAAACUUGUGUAGAUGUGAACAGUCUCGUAUUAAUUAAACUUUUCUCUUAAAACCUAGCGUAAACGUAGACAAUUGAAUUUUGUGCACAUAUUUAAAAAAACAUAUUAUAAACGCAAGCAUAUGCUAUUGUAUAUAAAAUAUAAUGUCUAGUACCAUAAUUUAUAUGUGUGUAUGAUAACAUAUUGCAAGUUAAAUAAAAACAAAAAACAAACCCUUAAGCGCACGAAAGGAUGUAAUUUAAUUUUAAAUUUAAUACGAACUUGUACAUAACUUGAUACUAUUUACCAAAGUACAUACCUUGAUACUAAUACAUACAGAUACUUACAUAUAGCCGCCAUACUUUCGUUUAUUUGUAUGUAGUUGUGGCUCUGGUUUACUUGUGCACACAUAUUUAUGCAUACCAGUAAGUAUAUAAGUCUGUAUAUACACUAAGCAUUUAAUCACUAGUUAUUUACAGUUGCAAAAUAAUAAAAUAUACGUUACAAAUAUACAUACAUACACGAGCACUAGUGUUCGACCAAAGCAUGAGUUGUUCCUCUAAAACAUACAUAAAGAAAAUAUAAUAUAUGAAAGCCAAUAAGUUGCAUAUAUGUACUUGUAUGCAUGUACAUAGCAAGCAUGAAAAAUAAUUAUGUAAGACAUACAUAUGUAUUAAUAAAAUUAAUAACUAAUUUUAAUAAACGGGACUAAUGACUCUUAUUAGUCCGUUGAAACUCAA